AUACAAGUACUGAGAAGCAUCCCUUCUGAAUCAAACACUAAAAAAAUGUCUGAAAACGUUGUAUACUCUGAGGUCGUGUUUGUGAAGAAAAACAAAGGUGACAAGGAUGAUCGAGAUGAGUGUCAUUUAGGUAAUUCUUCUCAAGCUCCACAAAAGACCAAACACUGCUGUGAUUCUGUUCGACUGGUACUGAUGUUUUUCUGUAUUGUCCUCACGGGUGCACUGAUCAUCCUCACCUCACAGUAUGUAUGCACAAAGAACAAGCUUAAAGAUCUUCAACAGCUCCACAGUGCGCUGAAGGAGAACUUAACAGUGGCGCUUCAAGACAUGCAUCGCUGGGCACAAAAUCUGUCCAAGGCUCUGAAUGAGAGUGUGUGUCCAAAGGACUGGGAGUAUCAUGCUGGAAAAUGUUACUUUUUCUCCACAAACAAACUCAGCUGGGCUGAUAGUCGAGAUGCCUGUAUCUCUGAUGGCAGUCAUUUGGUGAUCAUUAAAAGCAGAGACGAACAGGAGUUCCUGAUGGGCAUUUUGGGAACCAAACAUAACGAGUUCUUCUGGAUCGGCCUGACAGAUGAGAAGGAAGAGGGUCAAUGGCUAUGGGUAGAUAACACCAAACUUAAUGAAAAAAUACGUUACUGGAAUCCAAAUGAACCUGAUGACUGGAAAGGAUAUAAAGGAGAGUAUUCCAGUGGAGAGGACUGCGCUCACUUAUUUAAAAACAACAUGCAGGAUCUUAAUAUUUGGUUUGAUGCAGUCUGCAAAAACACAAACAGAAGAAUAUGUGAGACCAGAUCCUCCAAAGAUAGUGGCGAUGUUAAGUAAUGUGUGUCAUCAGAUUUUUUUGAAAACAAAAAUGUGGCUUAUGACAAAGGAGAUAUUAGAAAGGACUGAAUAGGCAGCUUUGCUGUCUCAUGAUCAAACUCGCCUCUGCUAGUAAGCUUCGGUGCCUUGAAUUUAGUGAAGUAACAGAUUUGAAUCUCAGCUCUAAAUUGGCCAUCUUGGAUUUUUAAAGAGUUCUCACUGCUCUUAUUGCAUUUUCUGUUGUCAAGUCUUCAAGAAGAUGUUGCGUUUAUUAAUAAUUACUACACCAGCAACUAAUGAAUAUUCUACAUGAUUCAUAGAUUAAGUUAUAAAUAGCUAUUAGUUAAAUGUAUCAUGAUGUAUAAGUUCCCUAAUAACAUAUGUGACCCUGGACCACAAAAGUCUUAUGUCGCUGGGCUUUAUUUGUAGCAAUAGCCAAAAACACAUUGUAUGGGUCAAAAUUAUUGAUUUUUCUUUUAUAGCAAAAAUCAUGAGGAAAUUAAGUAAAGAUCAUGUUCCAUGAAGGUAUUUUGUAAAAUUCCUACUGUAAAUGUAUGAAAACUUAAUUUCUGAUUAGUAAUAUACAUUAUUAGGAACUUUAUUUGGACAAAUUUAAAGGUGAUUUUGUCAAUAUUUUGAUUUUUUUGCACCCUCAGAUUGCAGGUUUUCAAAUAGUUGUAUCUCGACCAAAUCCUAUCCUGUCCUAUUCUAACAAACCAUACAUCAAUGGAAAGCUUAUUUAUUCAGCUUUCAGAUGAUGUAUAAAUCUCAAUUUUGAAAAAUUGACCCUUAUGACUGGUUUUGUGAUCCAGGGUCACAUAUUAUAUUAACUAAUGAUGUAAAUUCAUAUACCCAAAAUGUAAAUAAAUAAGCCUCAGCCUGAAGCAAAGAUAAAUAAAUGUACAGAAAAACACGACUGAAGAAAGUUCAACACUCUUCAGCAAUAAAAAAAAAAAAUGAAGCACACGUUAACUUAAAGGGGUCAUGGGAUGCCCAUUUUCCACAAGUUGAUAUGAUUCUGUAGGGUCUUAAUGAAAAGUCUAUAAUAUACUUUAGUUAAAAAUUCUCAAUGGUAGUGUAAAACAACACCCUUUUUACCUUGUCAAAAUGAGCUCUGCAAAAAUCAUCCUGUUCUGGUCGAGGCUGCUUUAAAUGUUAAUGAGCUCUGCUCGUCCCGCCCCUCUCUUCUCUCUGUGGAGUGACGAGCCUGUUUACUUUAGCCGCUAAACUUGCUAACUAGCACGUUAUUAGGAAAGGUGACUGCAGAGAUUAAUAAAAAACCCUUAUACUCACUUCUGCUGUAGGUGAAACUGGAUCACGAAUGAUUAGCACAAACAUAGACGCAUUUAUGUAGAUCGGGAGGCGCAUUCCUUUAACAACCAAACUUAAUCCACUGCACCUUCAGCAGCUUAGAUGUCGGAAGUAAAUGACGACCACUAUGUUCAUUAUUACAUCCAGCAACACAACACUUCAAUCGCUCAGUUGGAGAUAUUCUUAUCUAACUUACAUCCCUGCUCCGGCAUCAAAACAAUGGAGGUUGGACUGUUACAGCUGAUCUUAGGUAAGAUGCUCAUGUCAAUCAACUAUCGUGGGAGCGGCCUCUGUCGGUGUGAUGCCACAAUGACAAGCUUGAUUUGAAAAAGGGGAUAUUAUUUUCACAAAUAAUUAAAAACCACUGCAUGGAUUUUUAUCAUUAUAGGGUAGAUUUGUACAUACACUGCCAACACACAUUAAUGUUCAAACAACAUGUAAAAGUGAACUUUGCAUCCGAUGACCCCUUUAACUACAGUAUUUUGCUUAUUAGUAUGGUUGAACUGGAUAAUCGAAGGUCAGCAGCAAAAACAUUGGUUAAUAAAAUGGGAUUAAAUACAUAUAGGAUUUGUGAUAUUAACAUAUUUAAUUAUUGCAGGUUUGUGUCAUAUUCUGAGUUUGUAUUUUUUUUUUU